UAUUUUAACCACAAGUACUAUAAUGCGCGCCGCCGUGAAACCAUCCGAGGCCUUCAUGGUUUCCCAGUGGAUGGCACAACGAAGACGGACAUGGCUUGCGUUCGCAAAUGGUGAAAUACAAUCAUUGUGAGCUGGAAGAAGUUUCCCUCGGGGACAGGACAGCUUCUCGGCAUCAGAAUCCUCACAUGGUCAUAAAAUAACAACGCAAAAGCAAAAGCAGGAAGCAUUUCCAUGAGUGGUCAGUGGGAUUCCGGUUCUCCCCACCACGGACCCCCUCCAAAGCAGCUCCCAGUUGCACCUUGCCAUUGGCCUUUCCAGAAUUAGUUCUCUUCAAUAAUUCCUUUUAUGUUUUCGUGCUUUUUAUCAUCAAUGGCUUGUGGGUCCCUGCACCAAUCCAUAAUGUAAUUGAAAUGAUGCUGAUCCUGACAAAGAUGGUGAUAAGCAACGCCUUUAAUAUCCUCUUCUUCUUUUUCUUUUUCGGGUUGUUCUUGAUUCAUGCUUGGUUGAAGCAGCCAUGGCUGGAUCAGAAUUACCAAAAAGAGGCAGAGGACGAGUGGCUAAAUCUUUGAUGAAAGGUCGAUACAUUCAUAUGUGGAGAGUCUUCUCCAACUGUCAUGCCAAUGUAAAACUAUUUAUGAACUGGCUCGCUCUCCUUGUUAUGUUAGAAAUGAGUUAUUCCCUUAAUGGGCUUGAUGUUGAAGGUGAAGCUUUGAUUGACUUUCUAAGGGCUUUAAAUGAUUCCAGUAAUCGAAUUACAGAUUGGAGUAAGAGUCUUGUGAGCCCAUGCUUUAGUUGGUCUCAUGUCACUUGUAGGAAUGGACAUGUUGUAUCCUUGAGUCUGGCAUCAAACGGAUUUUCUGGAACAUUUUCACCUUCAAUUACCAAACUGAAGUUUUUGCUUAGUUUGGACUUACAGGGUAAUAAUCUGUCAGGUGUGUUACCUGAUUACCUUAAGAGCAUGACACAGCUACAAAGUCUAAAUCUUGCUCAUAAUAAUUUCUAUGGCUGUGUUCCUAUGUCUUGGGGCCAACUUUCAAACCUAAAGCAUUUGGAUCUCUCAUCCAACCAUUUGACUGGAAGAAUUCCAGUGCAACUGUUUUCGGUCCCAAUAUUCAAUUUUACAGGAACUCAUCUUAUAUGUGGCUCAAGCGUGCAACAACCUUGUGUUUCAAGUUCGUAUGUUCCAGUUUCUACUGGAAAGUCCAAAUUUGGAAUGGUUAUUCCUGCUGCUAGCUGUGGCACAUUCAUACUUUUACUGCUAGUGGGUAUCUUUGUUUGCAGACAUCGUCAAGUUCAUAAACUCAAACAUGACGUGUUUGUUGAUGUUGCAGGUGAACAUGAACACAAAAUUUCCUUCGACCAGAUAAGAAGAUUUUCAUGCCGUGAGCUGGAGCUUGCUACUGAUAAUUUUAGUGAAAGCAACAUAAUUGGCCAGGGAGGCUUUGGUAAGGUUUACAGAGGUGUUCUCUUAGAUGGCUCAAAGGUUGCAGUGAAACGUCUUACAGAUUAUCACAGUCCAGGUGGAGAGGCUGCAUUCCAGAGGGAAGUUCAACUUAUAAGUGUAGCUGUUCAUAGAAAUCUUCUUCGAUUGGUUGGAUUUUGUACGACAUCAUCCGAGAGAAUCCUUGUUUACCCAUUCAUGAAAAACCUGAGUGUUUCAAAUCAUUUGAGAGAUUUAAAACCUGGAGAGAGAUGCUUAGACUGGCCAACAAGAAAACGCGUGGCUUUUGGUGCAGCCCAUGGUUUGGUAUACCUGCAUGAGCAUUGCAUUCCUAAGAUUAUACACCGUGAUCUAAAGGCGGCAAACAUUCUUUUGGACGAUGAUUUUGAAGCUGUUCUUGGAGAUUUUGGACUAGCAAAGUUGGUUGAUACAAAAUUGACCCAUGUAACAACUCAGGUGCGUGGAACCAUGGGACAUAUUGCCCCAGAAUAUUUAUCUACCGGAAAAUCAUCAGAAAAGACGGAUGUUUUUGGAUAUGGUAUAACACUUCUUGAACUCAUAACUGGUCAGCGUGCAAUAGAUUUGAGUCGGCUUGAAGAAGAGGAGGAUGUUCUACUGCUUGAUCAUAUAAAGAAACUUCUGAGGGAGAAGAGGCUAAGUGACGUUGUGGAUAGAAACUUAAAAAGUUAUGAUCCAAAAGAAGUGGAGACUGUUGUCCAGGUUGCAUUGCUCUGCACUCAAAGCUCACCAGAGGAACGUCCUAAGAUGGAAGAAGUGGUGGGCAUGCUUGAAGGAGUGGGUCUAGCAGAGAGAUGGACUGAGUGGGAGCAACGUGAAGAGGUAAGGAAUCAAGAAUUGUCCCUCAUGUCACACGAGUUUGUUUGGGUCGAAGAUUCAACAAAUGAUCAGGAAGCAAUACAGCUAUCCCGAGCAAGGUAGUAUGGAGUUUCCAGCAUAAAAUUAACCUGAUCUAAGAGAAUAGAUGCAUGUCCAUAAAAUGCAAGGAAUAGAAAAUGCAUUAUUAGCAUACUAUCAACUCCUUGGAUCUAUUGUAUAUGGAUUUAUGCUAGUUUAUAGACCAUCAGUUCAAACACAGUGCAAUACAAGCUUGUUGCUGUACCCAUUACUCUAGGAGGACAACCAUGUGUAUAUUGAUGUGGAUCCUCUUGGGGUUUUUAUGGUUCUAAAGGAUAUGAGCUUCUGCUCUUUUCUGCUAUUCCUCUGCUGAAAUGAGUUGCAAAUUUGAAGAAAUGUUGGAAAA